AUGGAUGAGGCGUUAGCGGUGAAGCACGCGGUGGAAUUUACAGCAAACAUGGGUUUUCAUAGAAUCAUUCUCGAAGGUGAUUCUCGAACAGUCAUGAAUAAACUACAAUCCGGACAACCAGAUUAUUCUGAAACCAACACUUGGAUAGGGGAUACAAAUAUGAAAGCAACUUCUUUUCAUACCUCCAUGUAUCAGUUUACUCCCAGAUCAGGGAAUUUGGUCGCUCAUCUGUUGGCAGCGGACAAAACGUUGGGUGAAGAAGAUAGAUACUGGGUGGAAGAUGGACCGAUUGUAGAGGAAGGAAGUCAAAUUCCUCAAGAAAUCGGUCGUUUAAGAAGAUUGGAGGUAUUAAGACUGACCAACAACUCCAUUAGUGGUGAAAUUCCUGGUAAUUUAUCUGCUUGUUCUAAGCUUAUAUUUGUCAACAUGAGAGGCAACCAGCUAAGAGGAGAAAUCCUGCUUCCCUGGGUUUCUCGUCAAACCUGA